UUAUCAAAUUCGAAACACAUGAAAACCCCAACAAGUAACACAUAAAAUUUCACCAGAAUGAUAUAAACAGUUGUAUGUAUAUAUGUAUAUAUAGUUCCUUUUCCCCUAAACUUCAACUCCUCCACAACCAUAUAUCUGUAUCUAUACAUACAUAUAUAUAUGUAUGUGUGUAUAUAUAGUUCCUUUUUGCUUCCAAAGAUGAUUAGAUUUUUGGGUCAGUCUCAAAAUUUCAAAUUUCCAAUGUUCCAUUCAAGUUUGAUUGUUUUUUUGCUUCUGAAUUUUGUGGUUUUCCAUGUUGAAGCACAAUCCAGUGGCCCAGAUGAUCCUUCCGAUGAACAAAGCAAUUUUCAACCAAGUGUUGCUGUGGUUAUUGGAAUUCUAUCAGUCAUGUUUGCACUGACUUUUGUCCUCCUUGUGUAUGCAAAACUCUGCCACAGAAGAGCAGGUGCGGUUGGAAACAACAACAAUCUCCAGCCAACAGGACUUAUCAGUAGAAGCUCUCGGUUUUCGGGGAUUGACAAGACAGUGAUCGAGGCACUUCCUUUUUUCAGAUUCUCUUCACUGAAAGGGUCGAAGGAGGGCCUCGAAUGCUCAGUCUGCCUGUCGAAAUUCGAAGGUGUUGAAAUCCUCAGGCUGCUUCCCAAAUGCAAGCAUGCUUUUCACAUCGGCUGCAUUGAUCACUGGCUCGAAAAGCACUCGAGCUGUCCUCUCUGCAGGCACAGGGUUAGUGCUGAGGAGUUGACUUCCAUUACCUACUCAAACAGUAUGAGGUGGAUCAAUCAAUCAGAGCGCCGCCAGGACUCGAACAUAGAGCUCUUUGUUCAGAGAGAGGAGGAUCACCGCAGUUCUUCAAGAUUCAGCCUAGGAAGCAGCUUUCGGAAAGUUGACAAGGCGAUUGAUAAGGAACUGUUGAUCCAAGAAGCUGCUGAUGUGACAGAGGAAGAUCAGAAAGUUCUGCACAAGCACAAGCACACAAUUGUUGUUUCGGAUCUUGAGUUUAAGAACAGAUGGAGCAAUUUGAGUUCCUCUGACCUCAUGUUCUUGAAUUCCGAGAUGCUUAACACGAAGUCAAGCGAUAGAUUCUCUUUCAGACAUUUGAAUGAUGAGCAGUUUUCGCCGGUGAAAGCAACAGGGAAUGAGGAGAUUGUAAAGAUUAGGGAGGACAAAGUUGGUACAAUGAACAAAAAUAGUUCAGCUUCGGUUCCUUCUGAUUCAGACAGCAUAGCAGCUUCAGCUCACGCCUCGAGUUCAGUGAAACGAGGAGAGAAAAGAUCCAUGUCCGAAAUCACUGGUCUUUCGAGAUUUGCGAAUUUGGGUUUUAAGAACAGGACUAGAGGGCCUUCUCUGCUCGAAAACAAUGCGGAGGAGGAAAGAAGGAGGCGGCUUUGGUUGCCGAUUGCCAGUAGAACAGUCCAGUGGUUUGCCAAUAGAGAAAAUAGGCCUCCACAGCCUCAACAGCCUUUAGAUGUAUAAUUUGGAUCAAUGGAAGAUUCAAGUUUCAUAGGAUUUAGGUAGUUUUAUUUCGAAGUUCUAGAGGAACACGCGCACUUUGAACGCUGUUUUAUUUUUGGAUUCCUUUGUACCAAUGCAUCAUUCUAAAUUUUUAAGGACUAGCACAUAUAGCCAUAUAGAUGUCGAUAGAAUUCUUAUACAAAUACCAACUUCUUGAAUCAAUGAAAUUAUAUAUUGUUGUUU